AUGCCCGUGCGGCUCAAGCGCGCUCUCGACACCGACUCGCCCUCGCCCGUUGUCAUCAGCGACCGCUCGUCUCGCCGCUCGCCUCGCUUCUUCCCCCCACUCGACCUCGCCCUCGACCCGGCCUCUGCCCUCCACCGCCGCAUCAGCACCCUCUCGGCCAUGCAGCAGGACGCCCUCAGAGCCGCGCGCGCCCACGACCCGGCCUCGGCGAGCUCGGCGGCGAGGAGCGUGCAGAACCCGGACCGCCGCGAGAACGGCGUCGGCGGCGCAGCAGGAGACUGGUGGACGCCCGAGGCGCUCGAGGCGGUGCGCAGGCAGGCGGCGGGCGGGCAGGCGGCAGCGACGAGCGCGGCGGGACCCAUCGGCUCAGGGAGGCCAAGCGUCCCCGCCUCGGUCAUGCCCGCCUUUGGGCACUUCCCGCACGCGACGCCCUUCGCCUUUGACGGCACGUCGUCGAACGGCGCCGGCGGGGCCGCACCAGGGCAGUCGCCGCCCGCUUCCUUCAGCUCCAGCUCGCCCGCAAGGUCCAGCACACACCUGUACGCCCCCUCGGCCGCCCUGUCCACCACCCGCACCCCGCUCUUCCAGCCCCUCAACCCUCUCUCGCUCCCCGGCCCGUUCGCCUUCAACAGCCAGCGCGGCUUCUACAGCAACGGCAGCACCUACGGCACCCAGUCGCACACGCCGGUGCCCGUCGUGCCGCCUGGCCCGAGCUUCUUCGCGCCGCCGUCGGCCCUCCAGCACGACGUCGUCAUGCCCUGGGACGGCUCGAGCGCGGCGAGCGGGCCCGGCGAUGCACCCGGCAUGGAGCGCCUCAGCCAGGAGGAGAAGGAGCGCAUCCAGAUGGUGGCGGGCAGGGCUCGCCGCGUCAGUCGCGCCGUCGAGAUCAAGAAGCCGCCGGCCAAGGAGGCUCGCCUCGGCUCGCAGAGCAGCUCGCCCAGCCUCGCGUCGCCGCCGGGCCUCGUGGCUCCGGGCUCGAAGAGCGAGCGCUCCCUGUCGCCCGAGGUGGCCCCCUUUGCGCCGCGCCCGGCCUCGGCACGUCUGACGGCGCCCGACAGCAAGGCGCCCGACGACGCUCACGCCCCGCCUGCCCCGACGGCGCCUUCCUCUCCUGUCGAGCCCCUCUCCUCACCGCCAACCAUCUCGACAACUUCUCUCUCCUCGUCCUCGUCCACCAGUCCUGCCGACGCCGCCACGCCGCCCCUCGCCGAGCCCGCCAUUGCCUCGCCGCCACCCUCCUCUCGUUCGCCCUCGACAGCCCCCUCGGCCUGCUCGACGACGGGUGCGCGCUCGGCCCUCGCCCAACUCGACAUGUACGGCUCGUCCGACUCGGAGGACGAGUCGUCAAGCGCCGAGUCGUCCGGGUCGUACCGCACGACGCGGGACCCGACCUCGUCGGACUCGCGCCGAGGCAGUACGCCCGACGCGACGGUCGCGCCGGCUACGCCGGCGUCCCCGGCGAGCGAGCGCGACGGCACGCGCACGCCGCUCAACACGCCGGCGUCGGCGCCGCCCGGCGAGGCCGAGACGGCGGUCAAGCUCGAGGAGCAGGUCGAGGCGGACGAGGAGCGCGCUCGCCGAGGGCCUCUCGCCGACGACAUGCUGGUCGAUGUCGAGCGUGACGAGACGACCCAGGUCGAGGAGCAGGGCAGAGUCGAGGAGCGGGGCAAGGUCGAGGAGCGGGGCGAGGUCGACGAGCGGGGCAGGGUCGAGAAGGACAAGGUCGAGGAGUCGGGCGAGGCCGAGGAGCAGGCCACGGGCGACGCCGCGCACAACGAGCCCGUCGUCGACGUCGACGAGUCGGCGUCCGAGUCGCCGAGAACGGUCGCCGAUGCGUCGGCGCCGAGCUCGCCCGACGGUCCUCCGCCGGCCAAGAAGGUGCGCCGCAAGGAGAGCUCGCCCGAGGUGGUGGGCCUGGAGGGCGAGGGCGACGAGGGGAUCCCGGAGAUUGACCGAGCCGAGUACAAGACCUUCCUGCAGCACGCCCUCACGUCGACGUCCUCGACGACCAACCCGAACGCCCUCGUCCCGACGUCCUCGUCGUCGCGCCUGUCCCUCCCGAGCGCCAACUCGCCGUGGCCCGUCUUCUUCCCCAACUCGAGCUUCAGCGCCGUCGCCUCGGGUCCAGCGUCGGGCUCGUUCUCGGGCCCGAGCUUCCCGCUGCAAGACGGCGCCAUCCCCUCGUUCAACCCGGCCGCGAGGCCAUUCGUCCCCACCUCGUCGCCCUCGGGCUACCUCGUCCCCGUCGCCGCCGCCUCGCAGCGCACCUACGAGCCGACGCCGUCUUUGCCUCGCGACCCGGCGUUCCAGACGGUGCGCUCGCUCCUCGAGGACGCGCUCGGCGCACGUGGCGUCCUCGAGCGCAAGCUCGACAAGUUCGGCGAGAUCCACGCGGCCGACCGCAAGCGCGUCAAGGAGCUCGAGGCCGAGGUCGCGCAGCUCGACAUGCGCAACCGUCGCGAGGGCCACGCCGCCGACGACCUGAGCAAAACGCUGUCCGCCCGCGUCGCCGAGCUGCGGGCGGCCGAGGCGGCGCGCGACAAGUUCCGCGCCGAACGCGACUCGAUGCGCCAGGAGCUGGCGAGCACAUCGUCGUACCAGGCGCAGCGCAACGCGCGCACGGAGCAGGCGCUCAAGGACGAGGCUGCGCGCUCAAAGAAGCUCGGCGAGCAGGUGCGCAGCCUCGAGGGCCGGCUCUCGGCGGCCGACAAGGCGCGCGACGCGGCGGUCAAGAACCUCGAGAAGCACGAGACGGCGCAGGCGGUGGCGACGCACGCGCUCAAGGACAAGGUCGAGGCCGAGCUCGGCCGGGCGCGUGAGGAGGCGGCGCAGUCGCGCUUGUCGGAGCAGGCGGCCAAGAAGGACGUCAAGCUCGCCGAGGCGCACCUCAAGGAGGCGCUCAGGAAGUGCGACGAGCUCAACGCGGCCAAGAGCGCUCUCGCCUACCAGCUCGCCCAGGCCGUCGUCGGCAUCAAGAAGCGCGAUGAGGCGGUCCGCAAGAACGAGGACGAGCAUGCGCCGCUCGUUGCCCUUGUCGACAUCCGCGAGAAGAAGAUCGCCCAGCUCGAGGCCGACUUGGGCCGCAACGAGCAAGACCAGGCGAUGAUCGCGCUGCAACUCGAGAACGCCGUCACGCUCCUCGUCGACCAGGAGGACCUGAGCCGCAUCCUCCAGACCCAGCUCGACGAGGCGCGCAGCCAGUGCGACGACCUCCUCACGCUCGGCCUCGAUCUCGUACACGCCGCUCAACACGGCAUCAGCAACCUGCGCUCGUCGCUGCUCGCCGAGACGGCGCGCGCCGACCAGGCCAAGACCAAGCACGCCGAUCUCGUCGCGCAGGCCGUGCCCAAGAUCAAGGCGUUCCAGGUCGAGCUUGCGCAGGUCCGCGCGCAGCAGGGUGUGCGCGCGAGCCAGGAGCUCCAGGACGCGCAGAUCGCGCUUUCGCGUGCGGCCAAGCAGCUCGACGAGGUCAAGCUCGCGCGCGACACGGUCGACGGCGAGCACGCGGCGACGCGCAGGGCGCUCGAGCUCGAGAAGCGCGGCGUCGAGGUCGUGCAGGCCAAGCUUGACGAGGCGAACAAGGUGCUCGAGCACGAGAAGCUCGCGCGCACCGGCGUCGAGGGCCUGUUCGCCAACAAGGUCAAGGCCAAGGACGCCGAGGUCGCCGAGCUCAAGACGCAGCUCGACGCUGCCAGGGUCUCGUCCGACAAGGUGCGCGAGCUCGAGCAGGUCAUCGUCAAGCUCGACGGCGAGUCGAAGAAAGUCCAGCAGGGGCACGCGACUACGCUCGCCGACCUCGGCGAGGCGGCCAAGCUCCUCGACUCGACGCUGAGCGAGCUGGACAAGCUCAAGAAGGACAAGGAGGCGCUCGAGAAGGAGCUGUUGGACCUCAAGUCGAAGCGAGGGACGGCUGCGCUCGGUGGGAGGACGUUCACGUCUCGACUGGCGAGGCCGCCGGCGCAGGUCUGA